AUAAAUAAAUAUUGACCGGAAGAAUCGAUCUUUCUUGAAUCGAACUCUUUUGGAUGAACUUGCAUUCAUUUGCUGUGAACUUAAACAUCGAUGAAUAAAUGCUUGUUCAUCUCAUUGCAGGAUAGGCAAUUUUAGUUGAUUUGAAAAGCGAAAUUGAACAAAUCUAGGCAUUUUCCAGUUCAUCAAUUGAUUUAAAAUGUUUGCGAUAUAUUUUUAAUUUUUGUUUGGAUUUAAUUGCUUGAUCUGCGUUAUCCGGCAAUUGACAUUUGACAAGUCCAUACGUUUGACAGCGCACGGAUAAACGAGAAUCAGCCGUUGGAAAUGGUGCCACAAGAGCGAACAGUUAAGCUGCUAAGGACCGAUAAAUCUUGAAUUUUCUUUCGGUUGUUUGCCGUUUCCACGGCUACAGUGAGCGCAGGUGGUACUGUGCGAUUUUCCAAGAAGCGGUACGAGUUUAUAAGGAAUUAAAAUAAUCGUAACAGGGUAUCUGCAUCACAUCGGGGUUGUGUGCCGCGUCUGAACAGACUGUAGUGAUGGAGAGAGUGUAAUGAAAAUAAACCUAGCCGAAACAGCAGCUGCCCAUCAUCAUCGGUUGUGCAUAAGAGUGUUUUCUAUCCUCGCCGCCACAUAGUCACCCCCCUUAGUUCUGCCCCACCCCACACGGGGGGGAGGGUUAUGCCAGUACAUCAGACAGUGGAAACACCAGACGUUUGGAUGGGGUAAAUCGGCAGCAAUCACAUUCACUUCAUGUGCGUCUGCUAGAUAGUUGCCCUGCGUUCAGGCAAGUAACUGGUGUUGCCAGCGAAAACGGCACACCACCGCAUAGAAACCACCUGUCCCGUUGGAAAGAUAUAGUACAGGGAACCGCCUGGAAGUGAAAUAGAUUUGGCACUAGCGCGCUGGCAUGUGUGUAUGUGUGCUUUUCUUGCCCUCCCUCUUCACCAAGCUUCCCACCAAAAAGCAGCGUAUGUACAAACCCAUCUAACCUAGACGGUGGCAGCUGACAACGAGAAGAUGAUGGGAGGAUGGAAAAAAGGAAAUCACUAACCCGAUAAACCGAACCGAACAAAUCGUCGAAUAUAAAGCUAGCGUACAGCAAACAAAAAAAACAAACAAGAAGAGUCAAAAUAACAAAUCAAAAAACGGUCCAGCAGCAGCAGCAGCUUGGUGUGUGGUAAGGCCCGAAGAUAAUUGGACAUCAACAGUGAGCCAGUGCGACCAGUGAAGCGUGUAGUGCAUAGUGUGUUUCUGUGUGUGAAUCGCGGUGUGUGUUUGUGUGUGCGUGUGUGUGUGAUUAGUGAACAGUACUGGGAAAUAGCCGUAUUGGGGUACGGACAGCCAGUAGUUUCCCCCAACCGAAACGUAACCCCCCCCCGCUACAAUUCGCAAUCAAACAUCCCUCCAAUCAUCCUAAUCGUGCCAACGUGUUUGUACCGAAGAAGCACCACCACGGGGAAAACCCGGUUUGGCUGUUCGAUUGGUCCGGCCAAACAAUGCAGCCGGCGGUGGUUGCCAUUGUCACUAGUUGGGUGAACCGUGUGCAGCAUGACACCGGUAAAUAGGGCCAAGCCGGAGGAAACAUGUCCGAUAACGAGCUCGACCGGACGCUCGUACCCCAGGAGCAAUCGCUUGAUUCCGUGCCCUAUUCAACGCCACCGCUGGUACCGCCGGCCGGUGCCGGUCCCGAUUCGUCCAUCUCGACCAUCGUCCCAACACUGCCCCACCGCAACCGGCUGGACGGUCGGUCGGACGGUGCGGAAACGGCGGCAUUGGUGGCGUCGGCGGUGGAAACAGUGGUGGCCCCAGCAAUCGGUGCCUUCGUACAGCCACAUCCCGUACCGCAGCACCGGUUGCAGCUGUUCCGGUAUCCGAAUGCGUUCGCCCGACAUCAUCACCCGCCCGCCACAAUCAACAAGCAUGAGCCGAAGCGCGCCUGUACAUCGCUUCCGCUCUACCUAAGCAAGGUGAGUGUACUGGAUGUAUUCGAGGUGCUGGAAGACGACCGCUCGCGGAGUGACCUGUGCUCACUUGUUCCGCGACCUGGUAUGGAGUAUGUGCCAUUGAGGACUCCAGCUGCCGAGACGUACCACUACCAUCACGUCACCGAUCAAACAAAGUCAUUACAGGAUUUGCAGAAUGAAGUCGCCGCUUUACUGGAGUUCCGUGAUCUGGUUAUUGAAACCUUUCCCGAUCUUAAAUCGAAGAUGGCUUCCUCAGCGGCGAACAGUACUCUUACCGGUCUACCAUCCACCUCAUCCCUGGGUAGUCGACGUGAGUGGGAGCCGGGAAUACGGAUUCGGCGCAAACUAACGCAGAAAGAAGUGGGCUGUGCGGAUGUUGUUGGUGGCAGUAGUAUAGGCAAUGGUGGUAACACCAGCAGUACGACGAUCAUUCCCGGUACCGGUGACGGUGGUCCAUCGACGAGCGCCGGAAGCGGCAGUACGGUCACGUCCAGCAACACCGCCAGCAGCAACACCAAUGCGUCCGAUCUGAAUCAUCAUCAUCAUCAUGCGCAUCAUCAACAGCAACAUUCGUCGUCCUCGCUGAUCCGCAGCCGUAGCAACUCCCAUAGCGGUAAGAAGGAACCAAAGAGCGGUGAAGGCAACAACGGCAGUGUGAUACAGGAUUCGGGUUUCUCCAACGAAACGUCCUCCUCGAAGGAGACGCACAGUGCGGCAUCCUCCACGAGCGGUGCUGUGCAGGGAACGCUCAUCUUGCCGACGGCAACCAACCGACUAGGGACGGAUGCCGGUGGUGAACUGUGGAAUCUGCUCGAUGUGAUACAUAGGAAAAGUAGCCGGCUCCGGGAGGAGGUCGAUCAGCAUCUGGAGCGGGAAAGACCUAGGGCAACCAAUUUAGCUAUUAGUCAUCAUGCACCGGUACACCAUCAUACGCAGCAUUUUCCACAGGGUGUUGGAUCCGGUGACAACAAUAUCAUCAUACACCAUAGCAAUCCGGCAGCGGUAGGAAACGUGACAACGCCCGUACCUACCACGCUCGUAGCGAACGUACCGAUCACGCCGGUUAGUACGACCAGCAGUACUACCACCACCGUAGUGGUAUCGGGCGGUGUACCAACUGCUGGUAAACCCUUCCAGAGAACGCAUCAUCUAACAGAUGGGGAACAGAAUCGGCAGCAGCAGCAACAGGUUGUUCGAUCCGGGAGUGGUACGCUAGCGGACGGUACGGAUCAUAAUGUACAAAUACUGCGUAAGGAGCGCGACCGUUUGCUGGACAAGCUGUCCGAGUACGAGGCAGAAAUGAUAGCCGGCCGUAUACAGACGGCAAAGAUGCAGGACGAGGUGGAAAAGCUCACGCUAACGAUGCGUGACCUGCAAAAGCAGCUCACGGUGGCAAACAAUCAAAAGCAGGAGCUUCACAGCAAGCUACAUGAUCUCGCAAAUACGCAAAAUGUAAAUAGAAGUGCGUCUAGUUCACCCGAGACAAUUACCGCUCGGCAGCAGCCGACCGUAUCUCAACAGCAGCAAACGUCACCGCAGCUACUUAAGACCAGCGCACGGUACCGUAAAGGUUCGUUCGGACAGGACGAAGCGGAAGUGGCCGGUACCGAACCACCGUACCCAAUCAUACCGGGUGCGGACACACUAACGGACGGUGCUGUGAUUGAUUCGCGAACGCUCGGCUGGUUGGAUGGGUUCCUUGGUGCACCCUGGGUACAGAGGGUCCGUUCGCUCGAUUCGCAGAAGAUUGCCGCGAUUCUGCUCGAGACAAAUAUCGUCGGACUGCAGCGUCACCUGCUAACGGUGACCGUACAGAAUCAGAUAUUACAGCAACGGUUGGAUCAGGCGACAGGAUCCCGCACCUUCCUGCAGGAAAAGUUAGAAAAGUCGAAGGAAGAUAUAGACGAUCUACGGUUUCAGCUGAAGGAGAAAUCGAUCGAACUCGAAGGUACAAAAGCGCAGCUGCGUGUGAUCGAGUCAAAGACGUCAAGCAAAUCUGUACCACCGUCGACUGCCGGUAGCCCGGAACGGGUGGUUGGUACAGCAUCAACACCACCACCACCACCGUCCGCAUCUACCAUGAUAGGUACUUCGAACGUUCAUCUGCAACACCAUCAUCAACAUCUGGCGCAGCUGGCGAUGCGUCUGCAAUCGUCGCAGGUAUCGACGCCCUCCAUGAAGGCGAUGACACCGGUCGUAAUGGAUGAUAUUGCGCAACAUCAGCAGCACAGCAGCAGUACCGAAUCGACGCAGGAUCAACCGGAGCGGGACAGUAUAGGUAUAGGUGGUCGAUUGCUACAUCAAACUGCACCACAGCAGCAGUUACAUCACCAGCAACAGCAACAGCAACAACCACCAGAAACGCCCCGCCGUCGACCAUCGAAGAUACCGUUGCCAGGGUCAAAAGGUUCGGCUGCACCGAAACCACCGACAGGUCGGAACUUUUCUGUCACACCCACACCAACCACACCGACGACAUCGGCCCAGCGUCCACUCGGUGGUGGUGGCGCAUCGUCCGGGCCACCGUCGAACCGCAGCCUAACGAAAAGCACCGGCAGCCUGUACGUGAAGUCAACCGACGCAAGCUCGUUCGGUCAGCAGUCGUCGCACCAGCAGCCGGCCCACCAACCACCGCAACCGAUGGCACGCACGCGCGAUACAACCAGCACCAGCAGUGGCAGCCUGUACCGGGCCGAUUCCGCACUCAGCUGGCGCACCAGCAAGGAUACACCGUCGCUGGAAAAAUCACGCUCCUCCUCGAUACCGGUGUCGGCCGGCAAGGGUACGGCUAGCGGGGCACCACCCUCAUCACCCGCCAGUACGAAGGCGUCCAUCGUGGUUUACGGUGGGGCGGUCUGUUCUUCGCCGCAACCACGCGCCAAGCGCGACAACCUCACCAGCAAGGUAAAGAACUGUGAUUCGCUGUCCCGGUUGCAAUCGGCCCAGGUGUCUACGCACGGGUCGGCCACCGGUCAGCUGAGCAAGUCCGGCUCCCGGAAGGAGCUUAGUUCCAGCCCGGGCAGCGGUAUUAGUAGCGGCGAACGUAAGGCAAGUAUCGGCGGUGGAGGAGGAGGAGGAGGCGGCGGCGGCGUACUGCGGCAUGCUUCGACCGCCUCGAUCGGUUCCACCGGACAGUCGGAUGAGUCGGCAACGGUAGCUGCGACAACCGGCAGCACCACGUCAACCGGCAACAGCAACGUCAAGGCACGAAGAAACAACACAUUCCGAUUGGCCAAACCGACACUAACACCACUGAUCGUUCCGGAUCUUCCGUCAUGCGUGGGCAUCGUAUCACCGCCACCCCUGCCGGAUAUUACUCCUUCGCCGGACACGUAUGCUUCGUCGCUUAAGGCUGUCGGGCGGGUAAGGUCGCAGACGGCGACUGGCAGUACCACGUACAAGGUGCCGAACAGUACCGCUACCGUGCGUCCAUCCUGUUCUACCUCAGCGCUGUGUGAAGAUGCCGGACCAAGGGAUCUGAUUGGCGAGUAUCUGGCGGCAAAGAAUCGGGCCGCUACCACGUAUCAGCAGCCUACGAUACCGCCACCCAUCUUUCACGUCAAUGCGGACCGGCAGCAUUUGCUUGUGCUGCAGGAUCAACAGCAGCGUCAGAUCGACGAGCUGGCAUACAAGCAUCCCAUACUGCUGAUGGACGCCUCGGAAGAUGACGAAGAGGACGAGCAGGAUGGUGUGGGGAAACAACCGUCCAAGGGUCAAGAAGUGGAUGAUACCGGCGAGGAAAGAACGGGUGGACAGGAAUCAUUAAUUGUGCCACGGCCUAAGAUGAAUGCGUUCCAAUCGAUAAAGGAGCAGAAGGAUGAAGGAAUAUCGGGCUGCCGGCUGGUCGGCAAGGUUAACCCCAAUAUACUGAAAACCUGGGAGCAGCUGUUCGGUGGUACGGGUAGCGCAUGUUCCCAUCAGCGCCAAUCAUCGGACGGUAUACGAGCGGAUGUGGAUGGUGAACACAGUACUACCGUUACCGGUACGACGACGACGACAACCACGACUACGUCUGGUGGAAGUCUGGAGCUAACCAGCAACGUAACGUCGUCGGAGGCGGGCAGCGAAGCGGACGAUCGGCAAAGCUGUCUGCUGUACUGUCCCCAGCGACAACCGUACCCGUACACACUCGGCGACGAGUUGUACGAGUUUAAGGUGAACCGGUUACAGCAUCCGGCCGGCCAGCAACCAUCCCUGUCCCGGCACGCACCGUCCCAGGUAUCGUCCUCUACCACCACCUGCACUACAGCGACGGCACGCAACUCUUCCGAUGGUGUUGAUUUCUACGAUAGUAUUGAUGCGGUUAGUACCUGUGUGUCACAGGCAGCAGUGGGCAACAAUGACCAGCAGGCAGUACAGGACGAUCUCGGUAGCUACGAUGAUGCGGCUGGUGGCGAAGCGUUAGCCGAGCUAACUUCGCUCGAUCGGAAGCGCCUCCGCUGGUCGAUUGUGAUCGAGUAGCGAACGAUCAUGGUAUUGCCGAGUGUUUUAUCAGUAUUUUUAUGAGAACGAGGUGUGAAAAAAUGCGUGCAAAAAUUUCUUGAACGCAUCGUGUUUAGUAUUGUUUGGCAAAGGUACCGGUAUAGGGAUAAGGAUUUGUGAAGGACGAGAAAUAGAAAGAGAGAGAGAGAGAGAGAUAAAUUAUAGUAACGCUCAACGCACACGGGAGCGUUAGAUUGUCACUUAAGGUUGGCGUUAUGGUUCCAUCUUUAUCUGGGUUUAUACGUUGGUAGAUGUUAAUAUUGCUUUCUGGGUGUAGUAGUGUCCUACACAAUCUAGUCAUCGCUGUCCUUUUUUUUCGUUUAGUCCCAUCCGCACACGAAGAUAGAUCAGUGAAUCUGUAGAUCGUUAAACCUUUCGGAGCUUGCUGAAGCGGUUUUUUUUUUGCAAAUGGCGGUAUGAUAACACUUGAUAACACUCGUUAUUUAAUAACUCUUCGGUGUUAUUAUACUGACUACUCAACCAACAAUCAACAAUUGGCUUACAAAAGCGCUUUUGGGGGCAAACAGAUGCAGAACUUUUCCUUAGCAUUUGUUCAGUUUUCAAUUCUGCUGCCUGUCUCAUGUUUGUGUUACUAAAAACUGGCAGUUUUUUUUUUAUUUCGAUUGCGGUAAUCACAUUCCAGGGAUUGAUCGAUUGAUGGAAAGUAUAUGAAGCACGUGAUUAUUACUCUUUGGGAUAUUAGAACCGAAUAGUUUAGAGAAAAAAAGCAGCAAACGUAAUGUCUAACGUCAAAGCAACGAAAGGAUCUUAUCUACUACUGCUACAGGGUAGAAAAGCAGCAUAAAACUAACCGUAACGCUAUGAACGAUUAUUUUUAUGCAAACAAAUACAGGGUCAUGUCUUCUUCUUUUUUUAUCCAACCCGAGACAAAAACAAAGAGAAAAAAACGGAUAAGAAACGAUGGAUAAUGAUGCAAAACGAAAUGCAAACAUAUGAAACUUUCCAUUUCUUUCCUUUUUCUCCCAUCUAACACAACACACAGCAGAAAAGCUUCACGGGUAGAACACAAUGGAACACGGAAAGGGAUUUUUUUUCUACUAAGUAUUAUGUUUUUGGAAGGGUUUGAUUAGAAUUGUUGUGUGUGUCUAUUUUUCUAUUGUCUAUGUGUGUGCGUGUGCGUGGUUUUUUGUUUCGCUCAGCUUCUUAUUUUCAGUUGGUUUUAUUUUACACAUUUCACACACAAACGUAGGCGUUAUUCGUUUUUUCUUUGUUGUGUCCUGUUGCAACAUCUGAUGCGCACGGUUUUUUGCUGCAUAAGAUUUACUAUAAAUGGAUUAAUUGUCACUCUUACUGAGCAAUAAGAUAAUAUAAAGAGAGAGAGAGAGAGAGAGAGAGAAAGAGGAAGCGAGAAGAUAUGAAGACAAAAACAACGGCCAAGUCAAAUAUGUUUUACUAAUUAAAACGAUUCAACCGUGCGGCACCGACUGUAAAUCAUAAACAAAGGUGAACAAAAUCAAUUAAUGCAGUCAAGACAAAAAAGGUAAAACAACAAAUGAUGACGAUAAGAAAAGGAAUGUAACAAAAAAACAAACAAAACAAACAAAACAAGCAAUGCAUACAAAACAGUCAAAACGCAAAACGUUAAAAGUAGCUUUGGUAAUGAAAGGAAAAAGAAAAACAAAUUAAAAGCACUAAAUAUCAAAUUAGUGGAAAAAGGGGUAUGUUUUUUUGUUGCAGAACAGGGCGGGGUAAAGAAGAUCUUAACUUAUAAGGUUAGAUUAAGCAGGAUGAGUAAACAGCAGAAACAAAAAAAAAAUCGCACGUGAUAUAGAAAACGUUUACGUUUAUGGCUAUCUAAAAAGGCAUCUAGCGACACGUGACGCCUAGGUAUGUGGCGGGGGGAGGGGGGUUAGAUAAACCUCCAAAUACACAUCAAAACACACACACACAGACACAUUAGGUUUCCGUUCUGUACAUAGAUUUACAUACAGCCGAUCUUAUCUCAGCAAGCAGCAAUAUGAAAGAUGUUAUUAAUUUUGCGGUAAUGGAAAGCGAUUUCGUCCGAACAAACGGAACAAAUGCAGUGAAGCUAGCGGAAGUCAUGUAAAGGGACAUUAGUAGUAGAUACGUUAGAAGUUGGGUAUUUUUUUUU